AUGACUGUGCAUUCAAAGCUCUUAGCGUUGUCAGCGGAUCCGCAAUGGCGACGAAGGGCCCUUACCUCGAUGGGUGUUGGAGUGGUGGGUAUUUUGGCUAUGUUUGCAUUAUCAAGGAAAAGCAAAUCAAAAAGCAAACUGCGAGAAGAAUUACUGCUACCGCACUCGGUGAAGAAGAAGCGGGCAUUCGAUGCCACGUUUCUAAAACAACUGCUGGAACUUUUGAAAAUAAUGGUACCAGGCUUAUUUAGCAAAGAAUCGGGAAUCAUUGCUGUUCAUUCUGUGAUUCUCGUAUGCAGGACAUUCCUUUCUAUCUACGUUGCUGGUCUGGAAGGCAGAAUUGUGAAGGCCAUUGUUCAGAAGGACAUCAUCAAGUUCGCUAUGCAUCUCCUGAGAUGGCUUCUGGUAGCAUUGCCAGCAACCUUCAUAAACAGUUUGAUCAGAUAUUUUGAAAGCAUGUUAGGACUGGCAUUCCGAUCACGACUCACCCAGCACGCCUACAAGGAGUACUUUUCGAACAAAACGUACUACACGGUCUCCAACCUUGACAGUCGGCUGCAAAAUGCCGAUCAGUGUCUUACCGAAGACAUAACCAUGUUCAGUCAAUCGGUUGCUCAUCUUUAUUCUCACCUUACAAAGCCAAUCUUGGACGUUGCGCUCAUAUCGUUCACUCUGAUCAGAAUCGCCACAAGACGUGGGGCAGGAAGUAGUGUAAUGGUGCCGAGUAUCCUAGCCACGCUGGUCAUUGGUGCUACAGCUACUCUUCUGCGGAAAAUCUCACCAAGAUUCGGAAGUAUGGUCUCAGAAGAGGCAAGGAGAAAGGGUCAUCUGCGAUAUCUUCAUUCUCGUGUGAUCACAAAUUCUGAAGAAAUUGCCUUCUAUGGAGGUCAUAUGGCUGAGUAUAAACAAUUGAACAAGGCCUACGAAGAACUGAAAGAGCAAAUGAAACUUAUCUUCCGAAAGAGGAUACCUUACAUCACCAUUGAGCAAUUUUUGAUGAAGUACGUAUGGUCCGGCACUGGAAUGGUCAUGAUCGCCUUGCCUAUACUAGCUGCAGAGUAUGGUUCUGACAAUGGUGGCAGACGACUUGACGAUGAACCGGAUGGUGGUGUUUCCGAAAGAACUCGUGGCUUCGCGACUGCCAAAAAUUUGCUGUACUCGUCAGCUGAUGCAGUUGAAAGACUAAUGACUUCUUACAAAGAGAUCGCAGAACUUGCCGGCUACACCGCAAGGGUGCAUGAAAUGUUUAGAGUUUUUACCGACGUUAAGAAAGGCAAAUAUCAGCGCACUCAAGUUGGAGGUGAUGUGCAAGGAGGAAAUAGAGGCGAACGAUUGGACACAUCCAGAAUUGACGGUGAGGUGAUUGAAUCAGAGGACAACGCCAUAGUACUUGAAGAGGUACCGAUUGUGACACCAAAUGGAGAUGUUGUCGUGAGAAACAUGACCUUGGAGAUCAGACCCGGAAUGCAUGUGCUGAUCACAGGCCCGAACGGAUGCGGAAAAAGCUCUUUGUUCCGAUUGCUAGGAGGCCUUUGGCCGGUAUAUCGAGGCAAGGUGAAACGACCGUUCGUAGACCGAAUGUACUACAUUCCACAACGCCCCUACAUGACCCUUGGUACACUGCGAGAUCAGGUUAUCUACCCAGACACUGUAGCCCAAAUGGAGGCUAAAGGAUUGAGCGAUGCGGAUUUGGCAAUUAUCUUGAAUGUGGUUCAUCUUUCCCACAUUGUGGAAAGGGAAGGAGGCUGGAGUGCGAAAAAUGAUUGGAUGGACGUACUAUCGGGAGGUGAAAAGCAGCGUAUGGGGCUUGCUAGAGUAUUCUACCACAAGCCCCAAUACGCUCUCUUGGAUGAAUGUACUUCCGCUGUGUCAAUUGACGUUGAAGGUAGCAUUUAUCAAGCAAUCAAAGAUGCGGGUAUGACUCUUCUUACUGUCACUCAUCGGCCAAGCUUAUGGAAGUUCCAUACUCAUGUGCUCCAGUAUGAUGGUGAGGGAGGAUACAAGAUGAGCUCCUUGAACGACACAACCAUCGGCGAGCGGCUUACGCUUUCCGAGGAAAAAAGGCAAAUUGAAGAGAAGUUGCACGAUUUGACCCGGAUGAGAACACGACUUGCUGAGCUACGACUUAUGCUCGGUGAAGGAGCCACUUCAGCAAGCUCUGAUGAUGUUGAAAUUACCGAUACGUGA